AUGAAUAGAAAUGUUCGUUGGUUGCAUGGUGAAGGCGAUCGCUUUUUUGUCAUUUCGGCCGAGCGUUUCGGUGUUUUUUCGGCCGAAAGCGAUUUCUCACCGAAAUUAGUCGACGAGAUUCCGUUAAAUAAUCAAUCGAAAUCCGAUCAAGAUCGUCUACGAUGCUUUGAUUUAAGUAUUCUCAAUAACGAUAAUCUUGCUUUGGGUUAUCAGAAUGGAAAAAUCUUAGUUUCAAAACUUGCCAUCGAUCCUGAUAUUCGAACUCUGAAAAAUUCUUUGGAGCUAAAUGUCGAUGUUAGUAAGCCAGUUUCUUUUCUGCGUUUCAGUCCAAUCGCAUCCAAUUAUUUGGCCGCGUGUUUCGAGGGUGGUCGAACAGUAGACUAUUCAUUGUUUAUUUAUGAUUUGAAUCGUAUUCAGUUUCAUCCAUUUCGAUUAAAUACAGCUGAUCGUAUAAAUUGUUCAACGUGGUUCAGUGAUGAUUUAAAUAUGCUUGUGGUUGGCUGUAAUCGUACUUUAAAAUUAUUUGAUAUUCGUGAAGGAACACAUCAGACUUAUACCAAGUCAAUGUCAAGUUGUAUUCGUGCCCUAUCAUCUGACUCUUUCAAUAAUUAUCGUUUCGCUUGCAUGGCUGAUGAUGCUUUGCAUAUACUUGAUCGUCGUCGUCUUUCGUCGACACAUAAAAUUCCAUUACCGGAUCGUAAAAAAAAUGAUUCUACUAAUGUUGAGUUAAGCUGGAAUCCAACAACUCCAAAUCAUCUAACCUUUCUUCGACAUUGCGCUCGAUCUAUCACAGAUGUAUUGGUGUUUUCUGAUAAGGUUGAUAAUCUGGGAAAGGAAGAAUCUCGUGCGCCAAAGCUGUUCGGAUUAUCGCGAAUUUCUGGCUUUAAUUGGCAUCCGGUUGAUAAAUAUCGAUUACUUCUUACAGGCCCUGAAGAGGCUUCAAAAUCCUACAGCGUUAGAAUUGUCAGGGUCAAACCAUUCGUUUGUGUUUCUUCUUCACCACAAGGUUAUAUUGCAUCUUCGGUUAAUAAUGAGUUAAGACUACAUGAAAUCACGCCAAUUCUCGAAAAUUAUCACAUUGUUGAUAUUGGUAGUGUGAUGCAUCAAAGAGCUAUAGAUUAUUAUGGAUGUUCUGGACAUUUGACUUUGGGAUCAUACAUUGGAUCAUGUAAAGAAGUAAUUGAUGAUUGUCCAUUUGCAAGUUCCGAUUUAAAAUGGGUUUGGAAAUGGCUGUUCUCAAUGCUGAAUAUUGUUGACUGGAAAUAUGAUGUCUACGGAACGUGGUUUCCUGGAAUACUUCAAAUUAUGCAAAAAGAUACGUCAAACUCAAUAGUUUCAGAGCGUAUAAGUGUUAGUGAUCUACUUUUGGGUCCCAUGCGGAUAUAUAGAAGUAAAGAGCGUAGUCGCAUUUUAAGGUAUUGUGAAUGGCCAUCUUAUGGAAAUCAGUCACAGUUAGAUGCUUUUGUAGAUGAAAACUUUGCACAUAGGGCUACUGAAAGUCGGGCAGUUGCUGCAGCAUUAUUUUUUGGCAAUUCUUUGCGAAUGAAAAAUCUAUUAAAUACAAUGAUCGAGAAAUAUAGGAUAGCAAACGAUAAUAGUUUGGUGGAAGUUGAAAUUUUUUAUGAAGCUAUUGUUCAGUACAAAGGAAUAAUUGACCACUGGCGAUCUGUUUCAGAAGGCCUGAGGAGAACAAUAAGGAAUCCAUAUUUCAAAAUGAUUUUAACGUUUUUAACGGGAUAUUGCGAUAGCAGCUUGGACCUUACUAUGAUUCUUCACCAAGAGGAUAUACCAUUGGAAGAUCGCAUAGCUUUUGGUGCUCUGCAUCUUAAUGAUCAACUUUUUGUAAAAGGUAUUUUAUCCAUGUUUAAUGAGACAGAUCUUCAUAUGAAACUACAAGGAUUGUUUAUUGUUGGUCUUACGCGAGACAUUGACACACAUAUUCUUCUUGGCAAAUAUGUUGAUAAUACCGGAGAUGUUCAGACAGCAUCAAUAAUGGUAAUUAUUGGUAAAUGUCUUGAAUCUACAUCAUCCGAUCAUUUGGAUGGAAUGGAAGCAUCGAUUAAUGAUACUGAUUUACGCACAACUAUUGUUGAUCAAGCGCACUUUUCACAAAAACAUAUUAUUCGAACCAGCUCAAUAAUAUGUGAAUAUCGUGAAAUGUUGAAUAAUUGGAGUCUUUGGAUUCAGAGAGGUCGAAUCGAUGGUUUAUUACUUUGGCAAAGGAAUAUGGAAGGGAAACUACCUUUGGCUUCGGCUUGUUCUUCGGAGGUGGAAAUAUGUUGUCCGUUUUGCAGAAAAGGAAUAACAGUGGAAAAAUAUGAUGCAAGUUCUGAUUUGCCUCGAGACACAUCUAAAAAUUUGAAGACUGCGGGUUCACCACAGUUGUCCUCGGCAAAGUUUCGUAAUACAAGAGAACUUGCAUGCCAAAAUUGCUUAAAACCAUUGCCAAAAUGUGUGCUAUGUCGAGGUUAUAUGGGAUCUACGGUCGCUGCAGAGUGUGCUGAUCUCGGUCGGUCUUCAUCAUGGUUCUCUUGGUGCCAGGUUUGUCGUCACGGUGGUCAUAUUUCACAUUUGAGGCAUUGGUUUAGAUCUCGUAGCGAAUGUCCGGCUACAGGUUGUAUGUGUAAAUGCCAAGAUAUCGAUACAAAUAUCAGUGGAUCUUCAUCAGGACGAGAUUGGUAUUGUAACUGUGAUGAUCCAUAA